UGAAACUGAAAAAGAGAUUGGGGAUUGCACGCUUUUAUAAUAGGUGCAGUUGUACAUAAUAAUUUUCCAGUUUCCCAACCACCAUUCUCCAUUCUCUCUCUUCAAAAAUACAAGCAAUCACCGGACCGGAGCACCGCCGUGACACUCAGCUUCGAAAGAGGAACAAUUUCCGACCACCGUUGACCGACGCCGCCCCGAUGGAUUUGAAAGCUACUGAAGCCAACAUAAAUGGGGUAAUCGAAUCCUUUUUCAACUUAGCUCCCCCUUUAAGGAACAAUGCUGAUAUCAGUGCAAAGCUAGAGAAUUUUAUUAAAAGAAAUGAGAUGAAUUCUGGAAAUGGAGGAGCUAGGAGGAUUGUGUGUGUGACAUCAGGUGGAACCACUGUUCCCCUGGAGCAACGUUGUGUUCGAUACAUUGAUAAUUUCAGCUCGGGCCAUAGAGGAGCAACAUCCACAGAGUAUUUUGUUAAGGCUGGAUAUGCGGUUAUCUUUCUAUAUAGGAGGGGAACCUUCCAACCCUUUUGCCGGUCUCUUCCGGAUGAUCCCUUGCUAGAAUGUUUUGAGUUAACUGAUGGAUCAAACAUUAAAGUACAGGAGUCAUAUUCUGAAGCAGUAAAAAGGGCAAUUGCUGAGCAUCAUUCUGCUGUCAACAAAGGCUUCUUAUUGAAACUUCCUUUCACAACCAUAUUUGAGUAUCUUCAGAUGUUACGGAUGAUUGCCAUGUCUACCAGCAAGCUCGGACCAAAAGCAAUGUUUUAUCUUGCAGCUGCCGUUUCUGACUUCUAUGUUCCCUGGCAAAGCAUGGCAGAACAUAAGAUUCAAUCAGCCUCUGGCCCUUUGAACAUGCAACUUGCCCAAGUGCCGAAGAUGUUACCAGUCCUCAGGCAAGAGUGGGCUCCAACGGCUUUUCUCAUUUCAUUCAAGCUAGAGACAGAUUCAAAGAUUCUUUUGAAGAAGGCAGCUGGGGCUCUUGAAAAGUAUAGGAUGAAUAUGGUGGUGGCAAACGAGCUGUUAACUCGCAAAGAGGAAGUUGUGGUUGUUACAAGCAGCGAAAAUAUUAGAGUUAGCAGAGACAAGAAUGUGGGUGUUGAUGAUGUGGAAGAUCCUCUAAUUCAACUUCUUGUUGAAAGACAUUCAAUCCAUAUCAACACCAAUUCUUCUUCUUCUGAUCUAUGAUAGCAUCUAUGCCUCAAGUUACUAAUUUGAAAUUUGUUGAGGAAAUAAGAAAAAUAAUGUCAUGUUUGAAAAGUAACAAGAAUGAAUAAUAAUUCAUGUGACUUUAUUGUGUAUACUGAUAAAAUUAUACUCAGUAACAAUUUAAUUAGUUCCCUUCUUAUGAGUUAUUUAAAUCUUAAUGACAGAUAAGAUUUCGUAUUUUAUGUACAA